AAAAGAAACGUCGUGACUAGUACCGGGCAAAAUUGAAAAGGGCAAUGAUAGUUGUUUGUUGAAGCGGGGAUGCCAAGUAAAACCACCUCUGAUGUUUGCGUCUCUAUUCUCUCCACUGUCUCUGCCCUGCUUUCCUCUGUUUCUCUGUUCCAUCUUUGAAUUGAAAACAACAUCAGAUAUUUCUCUUCGUGGCAUUCGGCAGCCCAACUUGUCUUUCACUCAUCUCGUUUGAUUGGAUUUAUAUCAUCUUUCAAAGUUUUUGUGGUAUUCACUUUGCGAGUUUCAGAGAUGCUGUGUUGUUACGUGGUUGCACAACACCCUUUCUGUUCCUGAUACGUAAUUUUUUGCUGUCUUCUGUUUUGGGUCUCUUCAAAAUAUGGUUUUCUCUGUUGCUUUGUCUUAUCCCUUAGGCUUCUUUGAUUCCUACACUUCAGGAAGCUUUCCUUCUCUUCUCCUUUCUUUUCCUAAUUGAUUUUCUAGGAAAAAACAAUUCAAGGUGGAUAUUCCUAUCUUAAUAUACAACAGUUCCUGGCAAUGUCCUUCAAUUUAUUAUUUUUGCAUCCAUUCCUAUUCUCGCUGCUUUGGUUACCUGGGUAUUCCUAAUUAGCCUAGUUUUUUGUUUUAUGGGUCGCUCUUAAUUUAUCGUCUUGUUAACUGUGUGGCUUUUAAUUUAUAUUCACUUUGUAGGAAGAAAAAAACAAACAUUUUGUUACCAGAGAAAAAUCCAUUGUGUCUUCCUUAAGUUAUCCUUUGUCAUGAAAUUUCUCACUUUUCUGGUGGGUUUGUAAUAUAUUUUCUUUUACUAGAGGGUUUCUGCGUUUGUGGGUGUAAAAAAAUGAAGGAAAAGGUGGAUUACCCUGUUACCGUCCUAGAGGACUAUUUCAAAAUGAAGGAAAAGGUGGAUUCGCCUGUUACAGUUCUUGAGGACUAUUUCAGGAGCUCAGAUUCAGAAUCAAGUUCUUCCAAAGAGCCCUCAGCUGAUUCUGAGUCUCAAGACAUUUCAAAACCUGCUUCUAGGUGGCAUUCAUUUCUUCAAUUGUUGAGGAGCAGAUCAAAGAAACAGAUGGCCACAUUGCACCCUCUCAAGCUCUCCAAAAGAAUGAGCAGUAGCAUGAGGGAAACCAUUCUCCCAAGUUGUCUCCUAGAGGUAGCUGCUUCCCCUUGCAGGUCACCGUGGAAGAUAUUCACUCAUCAUGAGAUACAAGUUGCAACCAAUUAUUUCAGCCAAGAAAAUUUAAUUGGGAAGGGUGGUUAUGCUGAAGUUUACAAAGGGUGUUUGCCAAAUCGCCAGCUAGUGGCAAUUAAACGGCUAACAAGAGGAACAGCUGAUGAAAUCAUCGGGGACUUCUUAUCAGAACUUGGUGUAAUGGCGCAUGUGAACCAUCCCAAUACUGCUAAGCUUGUUGGUUAUGGGGUGGAUGGUGGAAUGUUUCUAGUUCUUGAAUUGUCUGAAAAAGGGAGCCUAGCUUCAGUGCUUUAUGGUUCCAAGGAGAAACUACCUUGGUGUAUUAGGCACAAAAUCGCAUUAGGAACAGCAAAUGGUAUAUUAUAUCUUCAUGAGGGUUGUCAAAGAAGAAUUAUCCAUAGGGAUAUAAAAGCUGCUAAUAUCUUGCUCACGGAGGACUUUGAGCCUCAGAUUUGUGAUUUCGGGCUAGCAAAAUGGCUGCCAGAAAAUUGGACUCACCAUACCGUUUCAAAAUUUGAAGGAACUUUCGGCUACCUUGCUCCUGAAUACUUGCUGCAUGGCAUAGUAGAUGAGAAAACGGACGUAUUUGCCUUUGGGGUGCUACUAUUAGAAUUAGUGAGUGGGAGGCGAGCACUUGAUUAUUCACAGCAAAGCCUUGUUUUAUGGGCAAAACCAUUGCUGAAAAAGAAUGAUAUUAUGGAGCUGAUUGAUCCUUCACUAGCAGGUGAAUUCGAGCCUAGGCAGGUGAAUCUAAUGCUUUUGGCAGCUUCUUUAUGCAUUCAGCAGUCCUCAAUUCGUCGACCCUCUAUCAAACAGGUUCUACAGCUUCUGAAUGGCAACCUUAGCUGUUUCAAGGGCAUCAAGAAAACUCGAUUCCCAUUCUUCCGAAAAGUCUUCCGCGAAGAACUUCAUGAUUCUGAAUAGUCGAAAGAAACAACAGUCACAUAGAAAUUGCCUCAUCAAACCCAAAAUUUUGCAUUUUGUACGGAAAAAAAGCCAUUGCCCUUCAACCUGUGUACAUAGUAGAUUCUCUUCUUUUUUAAGAAUUGGUAAUAGAUAGUCAAAUACUUAGUUACUUGCAAGAGAAAUAUUCUAGUACAUCACUUCUAUUCUUGUUUAAAAUUAGCUGUUGUAGCGUGAGGAAUAGUUUAUUAAUUAUUUCCCCUCCUUUUAUAUUAUACAUACACUUAAAUUUAUAUGAAAAAAGAUCCUCGGUGGAAAGCACAAAAAUGAAAGCCACUAGAGACUUUGUGUUGU